CUCUGAAAGAUCACUCGCAGCCACACACAAAAAGAGACUCAUUGAGACGGGGUGUUUUCUCUUUUCUCUCUGCUUUUUCAGCACUUUGUUCCUGCAGUGUGUGCAGUGUUUACAGAGCAUGUUUCUCCAGCAUGUUUUGGCACGGCCAGCCGAGUCUCGACGGAGCUGAAAAACCACAGUAAGGCUCUCAGAAGGGGGCUGUUGAAUUUGACGGAUCACAGUGAGAAGAGGAAUCUGAGCCCGAGCGGAGAAGAUUCUGGGUCAGAGGCAGCUACAAACAACUCCAGAACGAAGGAUUUAACUUUGUCAUGUCUGCCUGGGAGCACCUUUAAUCCUCAUCCUCCUUUUGGUACACAGUAGGACUUCUACAACUUUGACUGCCUCCACAUCUGUUAGGUCCAACCAACAAAUCAUGAAUACAAAUUCAACAGUUGACAACUGCUCAACCCCCAGCGAAUUCGCAUAUGAAAUUUUCUCUGGGGUGAUGAUUGUACAGUUCGUGCUGGGUCUGCCUCUCAACCUGUCGGUCCUCUACAUCUUUGUCUUCAGGUUCAAGUUCUGGAAGAACAAAAGCAUCUUCCUGUUCAACAUCGUGGUUGCUGAUUUCUUGCUGGUGGCCUGUCUCCCCGUCAAGGCCUACCAUUACCAACAGCAGCAGAGGCGCAGCCCGGAUACUGUGGUGUGUAAGACGAUGCUCUUCAUGCUGUUUCUCAACCGAGGGGCCAGCAUCGCCUUCCUCAUCACCCUGUCCCUCGAUCGCUACUUCAACGUGGUGCACCUGGGCAGGAGGAACUUUGUCAAGAUACUGAAGAAAUCUCCUCAAAUCUCCAUCAUUAUCUGGCUUCUCCUGUUGCCCCUCACCAUCCCCACCAUGCUGAGAACAUUUGAGUGCUGUAACAGCCACGGCCGACAAAUCGAGGGUCCGGAGCACGAUGUGACAGACACCUUCCGAGAGAUCGUCUUCUUCUCUCAGAUUGUCAUCCCCUUCAUCGUCCUCGUCUACUGCACAGUGUGCAUCGUCAACCGGCUGAGGAAGAAAACGGUGGGGGAGAAGACCAAGCUGAGGAGAGCCAUGUGCGUGGUCACGUCUGUGGUCAUCGUCUUCUCCAUCUGCUUCCUUCCUUGCACUAUAGCCAGAGCCGUGCUGCUGGCCGUCAGGCUGAAAGAAAUGGCGGAGGCAGAGAAUGUGGCGGUUCAGAUCUAUGAUGGCCUCAUGGUUUUGUCUUACAUGGACUGCCUGCUGGACCCUCUGGUGUACUGUUUCUGCAACUCAGGGUUUAAAGAUGCUUACACAACCACCUUCUGUCCAGCUUUUCUCCGAAAGAGGCUGCUGAAAUAUGACCGUGGCAUAGGAACGACGAUGACGACUACAACAACAUCUGGGACUAGAACCAUUUCAUUGCCGAUAACAGAGAAAUAAGAACUAGAGAGUCUUUUAUUUUAUUUUUUU